AUGUAUGCAGCUCUCACAAACCCCACUGUACGUAAGUUUUUCUGCAGGGCACGAGCCCACAGUCUGCAAGGAGGGAAGUCUGGAACAAAACCUUCAGAAACAAGUGAAAUCCCCCAGCGAAAGGAGUUUUGUCACUGGCCAUGCAGCUGCCCGCUCGUGCCAACCUGCGCCCCGGGGAUAAGUUUGGUAAAAGAUGGUUGUGGCUGCUGCAAGGUCUGUGCCAGGCAGUCCGGAGAGACCUGCAACGAAGCGGCUGUGUGUGACCCCCACAAAGGCCUCUACUGUGACUACUCCGAAGACAAGCCUAGGUAUGAAACAGGCGUGUGUGCAUAUCUUGUAGCUGUAGGAUGUGAGCUCAAUGGAGUUUAUUAUCUUAAUGGACAGACCUUCCAACCUAACCCUCUUUAUAAGUGCCUGUGUGUCAGUGGUGCAAUUGGAUGUACACCUGCAUUCAUACCGAAAUUAGCAGCAAGCCCCUGCACCAGGGUCAAGGGCAGGAAGAAGCUUGGACAAUCCAACUGUGGUCCUGGACAGCACAAGCAACUUCAAUCAACAAGUUACAGACUCAUGUCAGCUUACAGAAACUUACCACUAGUUUUGAAGAAGAAGUGUCUAGUACAGGCAACUCCUUGGACAGCCUGUUCCCGGACCUGCGGCAUAGGCAUAUCCAGUAGAGUGACCAAUGAAAACAGCAAAUGUGAAAUGAGAAAAGAAAAGAGAUUAUGCUUCAUUCAGCCUUGCCAGACUAAUAUACUGAAGACGAUAAAGAUUCCAAAAGGAAAAACAUGUCAGCCGACAUUCCAGCUUCCUACAGCCGAAAAACUAAUCUUUUCCGGAUGUUCAACCACACAAAGCUACAAACUAACUUUCUGUGGAGUAUGUUUGGACAAGAAAUGUUGCAUACCUAGUAAGUCCAAAAUGAUCACGGUGCAGUUUGAGUGUCCCAAUGAAGGCUCCUUCAAGUGGAAGAUGAUGUGGGUAACAUCUUGCGUAUGUCAGAGGAUUUGCAGUGAUCCAAGAGAUAUAUUUUCUGAACUCAAGAUUUUAUAA